AUGAUACACAUUACUACACCUGCUCGCACAAAGUCAUUGAGAUAUAGAAGCGAAGCUGUCAAAUCAACACAAUUAGCCAGCAAUGAUGAUAAGGUGCCUGUCAUGAAAGAUGUAGGGACAUGGACACCUUCUAGAAAGCAGCAAUCGUCAUUGGAGCACUUGAAAUCGAAAUUUACUGCAAAAUCAUCUGUGAUGGAUAUUGGCAUUGCAGCUAAUCAUGCAUCCAUGGAUGUUGAUGUGUUACCAUGGCAACAAUUUAGUAUGCCGAUGGAACAACAUCAACUAUCAACAGCUCCAAAGGAUUAUACUAUCAUGCUAGAUGAGCUCAAUAUGACGCACGCUGUCAUGGCAGCAUCCAACUUCAAGCCAAUGGACUAUGUGGAGGCAGAGCAACUAGCCCAAAAAUUUCAACACUUGCAUCAAUUAGUAGAUGCCAUAUAUAGUCGAAUUCGAAUUCAAACGGAUACUCAAAGAGCAGCAGCAACAGCAUUCAAGCUGGAUCAGUCAUCCGCGACAGAUUUCAUACAGGACAUCUGCCAAUCCAGUCAGCAAACAACACUGCUAGUGGAUGAGUUCUAUUUUACAAGUCAAUCUGCUCAUCGCACCGAGACAAGGUACCUGGAACAUCUGGCGGGGACACUGGCGACAGCAAUGCAGCAGCAAUGCCAAUUACCACAGGAGGACAUUCAACGUAUAUUGACCAAAAUCCUUGUGAAGCUAGAGUCCACAGUCAAUUACUUUGAUGACAGUGUAGAGCGCCAACAGGUUCCUACGCUGACAUCCACAUCAAUCUCGUCUUCCUCGUCAUCCUCAUCCUCAUCAACGUCGUCCAUAUCAUCUUCAUCGGCAUUUACACAGGCAAACAGUAUUGAUACGUCGCCGAGCACAGUUUAUAUGGCAAACGAGGACACACCUACCAGCAUAUUGCAUCAAAGGAUUGAAGACAUCAUCGAGAAGCUAGCUCGCCAAUUGAAGCAAAAGCAAGAACUACUGAGGGUCAUGGAGAUUCAGUCCAACACUCACGAAGAACUCGUGCGACAACGAGAGAGAAGUGCAAGCCUGGUAUUGGAGCUGGAACGAAGUAGGUCCAAAAGACAGCUUAUAGCUAAAAAGCAAGAGAAAGACAUGGCCGUGUUGCGAGACCAAUUGAUGCAGGAAACGAUGCGCAGACAAUCAUUGCAGGAUCGCGUGACAUCCUUGGAGCAUACGUUAAAGUCAAAAGAGGCAGAAAUUAACAAAUUAAAGAGCCAACCAUCUACUAUCAAAGAGGAAGAAAAUCACACAUCAUGUCAGAUACAAAUUGAGCAACUGCACCAGGAAUUGCAGUGCAAGAAGGAGGCUACCAUCAAAGAGGAGGAGAAGAGCAAGGAGGAGAAUCUAUCAUUACGUCGACAGCUUGGUAUUGUUGAGCAGCGAAACACUCAAUUGCAACAAACGAUCAAGGAGCAACAUGAAAGAGAGCUUGCAUGGUCUUGCCAGAAGAAGAAUAUACUGGAUCAAUGCCAACAAGUCAUGAAGACAGAGUUUAUUGAUUGCGAAGGAGCAGUUGUAUCCACUAUAGCUUAUUUAACAGAACGACAGCAAGAGCAAGCUCAAAAAAGCAUGACCAGUGUCCCUGAAGAGAGUCAUUUACAACGCCAAUUAGCUCGGUUACAACAGGAAUUUGAUCAGGCCAAGCAAACAUUCACGACAAGAGAGUCUGCGUUCAUCUUGCAGUCUGCCAGCACAGAGGCGGAAUUAGAGCGCAUUCUCAAGGAAUACGACCGUCUGACACGAAAUAUUGUGGACUUUAACAAUGAAAGAAAGAAGUUUGAAGAUGAAAUCCAUGUGUUACAUCAAGACAAACAGCUGCUAGAAAAGCGUAUUUGUGAUGACAAGGUGUCCACUAUCAAGGAGAGCAGCUUGAGAAAGGAGUUUCGCAGUUUGAUGGCAUCUGUCAAGGACAAGCAUACAAAAGCGAUCUUGCAAGAAUUGGGAAAGCAGAGGCAGCUAGAGCAAGAGCUGCGUGAUUUCAAGUCGGAUAUAGAGAUGAAACGAUGGGAAAAAGUGGAUGUUGCAGUGCAAACCCAUUAUUUUGACAUCAAAUGA